CAGGUCUUGGCCCAGGGCCCUGUGGUCAAUUUGAGUGGGCACUGGCAGUGUAUUCGGCCGGGGGAGAUUGGCAGUCGAAUGGCUUUUUGAACCUCGACGCGGCUCGUUUUCCCGUCUUUACGUGGCAGCAUUUGCGAGGAAGCUGCGUCUCUUUACUAUAUCUGGCUCCUCCUCCGCAAGUCGGUGGCUGAGUGUUUUGUUCACAGACAUUUUUCACAUAGCCAGACAGUAGCGAAAAACAACAGCAAUCAUGUUUACUCUCUCGGAGUGUAUGGUAAUUUUAGCUAUGUUAUCCGCCACGGCGUCAGGUUACUUCGUAAGCAUCGACGCUCAUGCAGAAGAGUGUUUCUUUGAACGAGUCAACUCUGGUACCAAGAUGGGCCUCAUGUUUGAGGUGGCCGAAGGAGGUUUCCUAGACAUCGAUGUGGAGAUCACAGGUCCAGAUGGGAAGCAGAUUUACAAAGGAGACCGAGAAUCCAGUGGGAAGUACUCUGUGGCUGCCCAUAUGGAUGGCACGUACAAGUUUUGCUUCAGCAAUAAGAUGUCCACCAUGACACCCAAGAUCGUCAUGUUCACCAUUGACAUUGGAGAGGCCCCCAAGGGAGACGGCAUGGAGACAGAAGGUGGUGGAGACACCUGGGACGCCCACCAGAACAAGCUGGAAGAGAUGAUUAAUGAGCUAGCAGUUGCCAUGACAGCAGUAAAACACGAGCAGGAAUACAUGGAGGUCCGAGAGAGGAUACACAGAGCAAUUAAUGACAACACAAACAGCCGAGUGGUGCUUUGGUCCUUCUUUGAAGCUCUUGUGCUGGUAGCCAUGACCCUUGGACAGAUCUACUACCUGAAGAGAUUUUUCGAAGUGCGGAGAGUUGUGUAAAACAAGUCUUUUUUUUUAUAUAUAUUUUUUACUCAAAUGAUUUACUAUUCACUUGAGCCAUUAGCUGCACCAUACUUCAAAAUUGGAAAUCAAACAUCUGAAAAUA